AUGUCAGGACAACGGAAUUACGAUUUCCUAAUAAAACUUCUCUUGAUCGGAGACUCAGGGGUCGGAAAAUCAUGCUGUCUGUUGCGCUUUAGUGAAGAUAGCUUCACCCCCAGUUUCAUCACCACGAUCGGUAUAGAUUUCAAGAUCCGGACAAUCGACCUAGACGGCAAACGGGUGAAGUUACAAAUAUGGGAUACCGCAGGUCAAGAACGUUUCCGCACGAUCACCACUGCAUACUACCGAGGCGCUAUGGGUAUUCUGCUAGUAUAUGAUGUAACGGAUGAGAAGAGCUUUAACAACAUAAGAACUUGGUUCUCCAACGUCGAACAACACGCUAGCGAAGGCGUCAACAAGAUUCUCAUCGGCAACAAAUGCGACUGGGAAGAGAAACGAGCGGUUUCAACGGAGCAAGGCCAAGCGCUCGCCGACGAGCUGGGCAUUCCCUUCCUCGAGGUCUCUGCCAAAUCCAACGUCAACAUCGAAAAAGCCUUCUACUCAUUAGCCUCGGAUAUCAAGAAACGAUUGAUUGACAGUUCGAAGGAGACAGAGGCAGGUACUGGGGCUCAAUCGGGUGGAGGGGGCAUCAAUGUCUCGCAGAACCAGGGAGCUGGAGGGACGGGUGGGAAGUGCUGCUAG